AUGCGCCGCCAAUCGACCCAUGCCUAUCACACAUUCCCGACUCCUCCUCCAAAGACUCCUCGCGAGCAGUCAUCCGCCGAGCUCUUUGACCACUCCGACUCGGGCUCCAAUGCCUCCGACGAUGACCACGAGCAGACUCCCUUGCCGGUGCGCCAGCUGGCCCUCCUUGCCUUCCUGUCCUUGAGCGAGCAGACGGCCCUCAACUCCAUCGGCCCCUACCUGCCCCAGAUGGUCGAGUCCUUCUCCGACAUUCCAGAUUCCCAGACUGGCCUGUACGUCGGCAUCCUCGCCUCGGCAUUCGCCCUCGCCCAGCUCUCGACGAACUUGUUGUGGGGAUACCUAUCCGAUGUUAUUGGGAGGAAACCCGUCAUGAUCAUGGGCACCUUUAUGCUCACCUGCUGUUUCGUCGCAUUUGGUUUCUGCAGGACGUACUGGCAAAUCGUGCUGGUCCACGUCUUCAUGGGCUUGCUGAACGGCAAUGCUGCCGUGGUGCCUACCGUGCUGGGCGAAGUGACGGAUCGUUCUAACCAGAGCAGGGCUUUCACUUGGCUGCCCGUCAUCUACUCUCUGGGUGGUAUUACGGGUCCUGCGUUGGGAGGCCUGUUGGUAGGGACCUUGGGCAAGAAGUAUCCCUACCUUGCGCCAAACCUGCUCAGCGCAGCACUGCUUCUUACCAGUGUGAUUAUCGUCGGAAUUUGGUUUGAGGAGACUCUGGAAAGUUUGGAGUCCGAUCACGCUGCUUGGAUUCCUGCCUGGGCUCGCAAUGCAUGGUCGUGGGUCAAGGGAUCACGCCAACCGAAGAGGAACUCUUGGGCCGCCCGCUGGCCUCGUCGCGGUUCCCAGGUCGCGGUGAGCACAUCAGACGACGAAGAGGACGAGGAUGAAGACGGCGCGACGGAGGACCAAGGGCUACUUCCCCACGCUGACGAAGAAGGCUCCGAGGCUGGAGACGAUCCCAAAACGCCAGGCGACCUUGCAACCUGGCGCCAUAUCUUGAACCGCAAUACGGUUCUGGUGCUGUUGACAUAUCUGGUAUUCCAGUUGUCCAACAUUUCCUACAACAGCUUGUACCCCAUCUUCGCUGACGCGGAUCCCCCAACAGGGCGCGGUUUGCCCCCAAGCAAGAUUGGUGUCAGUCUGAGUCUGGCUGGCGUGGCCACAAUCGUCUUUCAAGCUUUCCUGUUCCAGCCUGUCAAAGCCCGUUUGGGAAACCUGGGCAGCUAUCGUGUUGCGCUGCUUGGACUCGCCGUCAGCAUGGCUCUGAUGCCUUGGAUUGGAUACCUCGAUGAUGAACCGUACUUUGGCGUCGGCACCGGCUCCACUUGGCUGUACAUUGAGCUGGGAGCCAUUCUCAUCAUCAAGAAUAUCUGCGCAGUCGGCGGGUUGUCCAGUGUGAUGCUGCUAAUUACCAACUGCGCCCCUAAUCAUGCCACGCUGGGCACACUAAACGGCAUUGCCCAGACCUUGUCCGCCGCUGGUCGCAGCUUCGGACCUUUUGUGUCCGGCGCGCUGUUCACUCUUUCCACACGCGUCCACCCCAAAGGCGAAGCUCUGGCCUGGGGAAUCUUUGGAGGCAUCGCCUUGCUUGGAUGGGUAGGAUCCCUGGCCAUCCGCAACCGCGGACUUGAGAGCGACGACUGGACCGGCGAAGAGGACGGCACAGACGGUGAAGCGGACCCAUAG